GCUAAUGAAGUUAAGAUUUUGUCAUAUGCCACUAGUAUAAGUUGUAAGGUAUUGAUGGCCUGACUGAAUGUUCUGAAAUGUGUCGUGCAUUUUAAAUAUAUUUUGUAAUUAAAAAAAAAAAAAAACGUAAAUAAUAGAAGACUUAUUUAUGACCUUAAUUAUUGCUACACAAAGAGAAGGCUGAGGGCGUAACAAAACACUAGAAUAUGAACAAUUUCCUUAUAGUUGUGUCGUUGAAGAGUGUAUGUGCGGCGCAGAAGUGCGAGUGCGCAUCGCUCCCUUCGCUUGUCCCCUUCCGCGGUGUAAACAAGGCUUGGUAUGAAUGUGUUGUGUAGUAGGGUUCACCUCCCUCUCCCGUUUUCACCCUUGAAUUAACCCGGUGCCUCCCGUCACCCUUCGCCUGCCAUCUGCAUGGCGCGUGUGAGGCUGGAGGGAGAGGCAGGUCAGGUGAGUGAGAGCAAGGAGAGUUGAGACAGUUGCUGGUGUGCUGCUGCAGGAAUGGCUGAGAGGAGGAGUGUUGUCGUUAAGUCGUCCCAGAGAAGUGUUAUAAAGAAGGUGGAGGUGAUCACAGUGCAGAGCAACAAUGUGGCGUCAAUCACAGCACGUCACCCUGUGGGAGUGGUGGUGGCUGAGAGGAGAACAGGGCCACCAGCUGCUGAUGAGCCCAGGCCAGUGUUCAUACCAGGCUGUCCACUCCCUCAGGUCCUGUCCAGAGAGGCUGCAGACACAGAGAUGACUCAAGGAGGGGAAAGACCAACACAUGGGCCGGUAAAGGCUGAUAUCUAUAGCCCACAGAGGAAUGCAGGUCAGCUCAAGAGUGUUGAGUGCAGAGUGACUGUUAAAAGUUCUGAGAAAAAUAAGGAAAAUUACCUGGAUGAUAAAAUUUACAAUCCUAGAGUUUAUAUUGAUUCGCUGCCCAAAAAUUCUGAUGUACAAUUUGAACAGAGAUCUUCUAGUACUCAUAGUGACAGUGAUGUGGAAAAGACAGUGGAUUCUUUGCAAAAUUCAGAUUCUUCAGUGCAGUUUGGCCAGAGGUCCCCAUGUCCUCCCAGUGCAGGAGGCAUGCAGGAAGGUUUACCGAAGGAGUCCUCAUACAUGGGACCUCCACGAUAUGUACUCCUACAUGGGGACACCGAACAAACACAUGACUCCAUCAGCAGUGGGAAUGAAGCCUUGGAGAGAGAAAACCGGGAGACGUCCACAGAGUCAUCGAGAGAAAACCAGGAACCGUUCAUAUAUAACAAAACUAUCGUGGUAAAUAGAGAUACAGUGAGCAGUGAUUCAGACAGUGUAGCAAUGCCCAAUUACCAGGCAGUGAAUAGCAGUACUAGCUCCUUGGAGACUGAUGGAGGAACCAUCAGUGGCUCCUCAGAACAUAAGAAUGAAAAUGAGGCGCCAGGCGACUUAACAGAGAUGACGAGAGAGCAAGCGGCCAGAGUUAUCCGAGUGAAGAGAGGGAGCCUGAGUGUUCGAGCCCAGCCACAUGACCUGAGGCAUGGUGGGAGAGGAGGGUGCAGGAGCAGGAGAGGCAUGAGUGUGGUGUCGAGUGGUGCGAGGGGGAGAGGGAGAGGUGCGAGGGUGCCGCAGAGGGGGCCAGGGAGUGCAGUGCCGACAGUCCCAAGAGCCACCCAUCGACAAGUGACAGGACCCACAAGCAGGGCAGAGAGCAGACCAGGCAGGAUGGACAGCAGUAUGGGAGCUUCUGAUAAAAGGUCAGUGUUGCGGGAGCCUUACUUGGUCAUGCCCCGCUCCUCCUCCCCUUCCCUUCCUCACCUGUCCUCCUCGGCUGAACAGGUGAGCUGCAGCGGGUAUUAAUUAACAGGUGUGUCGCCACGUACUCCCUCCUUAUCCUGUUGUGAUUGGGUAAAAGUUUUCUGUCUGGGUUGCUUUGUUUGUUUGGUUUUGUUAUCCUGUUCUGAUUGGGUAAAUAUUUUCUGGGCUUGUUGCUUUCUUAGUUUGCGUGUGUGUUUGAUUAUUGUGUUUAUUGUUUGUUUUGGUUUUGUUUAUGUUUUGGUAAGUAUGAUAUUCUUUCAGCCAGACAAACUUGGUAAAAUAGAAAUUAAAGGUUUGGUGUAAUUUCUCGCGAGCUUCUUAAAAGGAAAGGUAAUAAUGUAACAGAAUUUGUUGGCAGGACUUUUAGAUGCACGAUUGUUUAUAUUUUAGCAAGUGUGGUAUUUCUAAAUGCAAAUUAGACAAAGAGGAAGUUAAUCUUGGAGACGUAAUCUGCCGCGAACCUACAAAAAAGGCCAUUAGAGUAAAGAAAUAAAACAUAAACCUAAAAAUCUGAUAAAUAAUCAACGCCAGAACUUUUAAAUGCACCAUUGUUUAUACUAUAACUAAUGUAGCAUUGUUUAAAACGUCAGACAACAAAAAUACACCUUGGUUUAAAAAAAUGCUAGUAAUUUGGUAGAUUUCAUCACCAGAACUUUUAAAUACACAACUGUUUAUACUUUAACUAGUGUAACAUUAUUUAAACGUAAAUUAUACAACAAAAAGAUACACCUUGGCUUGAAGAAAAAAAAAAAAAGCUAAUAAUUCGAUAACAUUCAACGCCAGGACUUAAAUACACGAGUGAGCCUGAAUAAAAAUGUCAUCAGCACACUUUUCAAUUCACCUGUAGUACUCGGCCCGCAUCCUGAACGCUGCUUGGGAUUCUGCCGCGGUUACUGAGGAAAAAGAAAUAUAAGUUAAAACUGCUACGUAGAAUAACAAAAACAG